CAGCAGCUCCUAAGCAGCCAGCCAACCAACCAAAGUCAAGUCAAGUCAAUAACUCCAACAACAAAAAAUCCAAGAUGAUGCGCAUUUCGUUCCUCUCCAUGCUCCUUGCAGUCUUGAUUGUCAUGGCAUCUGCUUCCCACCACGAUGAAGCCGGUCGUGCGCUUCGUACCCCUGCUUCCCACCAGCACAAGAACAAGCAUGAGACUCGCAAACUUGAUGAAAGUGGAGACAGUGGAGACAGUGGAGACAGUGGAGACGGUGAAGGUGAAAGUGGUGAUGAUGCUGAUGAUACUGAUGAUGAGGACUGCUAUGAUGCGUGCUGGGGUGAUGCUACUGACGAAGACAUCGAUGCCUGGACUGAGGGCCAAUGGGUUGAAUGGGAGACGUGUACUGAUGCAGCCUGUGAUUGCGCCGAUGACGAAUGCGCAGCCGAUCCGGAUUGUGUGGAGGCUGCCUCCUGUGCUUAGAUGAAGCCAUGUAGACAAACAAAGGAAGGAAGGAAGGAAGGAAGGAAGGAAGGAAGGAA